AUGGCCAAGGCGUCUAAGCAAACGAAGAAGUUCCAGAACAAGCACUUGAAGCAUACGAUUGAGCAUCGUAAGAAAGUUCAAGAGUUCAACAAGAAAGCCUCGCUGAGAAAGAAAAAGACCUCCACGGGAGAGCCACCAAAGCCAAAAGAUGGCCGAGCUAAGGAAGUGUUUGACGACAUGUCAGUUGAAGAUUUUUUUGAAGGUGGAUUUGAAGUGCCCAAGGAAAAAUCAAAGAGCAAAAAGAAGCAGAAAGAAGCCGUAGAGUCACAAGAUGACUCUUCUUCCUCGGAGGAAGAGACUGAGAUGAACUUGGAGGAGUUGGAGAAAGAUGAUCCUGAAUUUUACAAAUAUUUGAAGGAGAAUGAUAAGGAGCUUUUAAGUGUCAACCCGUUGGAUGCCAUAAGUGACGACGAUGAAGACGGUGAUCAAGAUGAAGAUGAAGAUGGAGAUAAAGAGAUGGGAGAAGCAGCAGAGUCAGAUGAAGAUGUUGCUGCCGCUGCUGCUGCAAAAUCCGAUUCGUCAAAAGUGCAAAUCACCACCCAACUCGUAAAGAAAUGGGGCGAGCAACUUGCUACACCAACACCAAAGAUCAUCAGAAACAUUAUAAUUGCAUUUAAAGCUGCUAUAAAUAUAAACAAGAGCGAAGAUUUCAAAUACGCCAUGAUUGACCCACAGGCGUUUGCAGACUUGAUGAUACUAGUUUUAAAGAAAGUUCCCAUUGCAGUGCAGAAAAUCGUGAAAUACAAGACGAACCAACAGAAUGUGCGCACACUUCCUCAAAAUGCCCAAGCUAGUCAGCUCGGUGCUAUAUUCAAGACCCACGCUAGCUCCUACAUCACCAUGCUUCAGGAUAUCACCAACACCGAGACUGCCGCUUUGGUUUUGGCGUCGCUUUACGAAGUGUUUCCAUACUAUCUAUCCCAGCGUCGUCUUUUAAAGCAAAUCCUCACCGCCGUGGUUGAGGUGUGGGCAAGCGCCAAUGGACUCGAAACUCAGAUUGCUGCGUUUGCAUUUUUAAACAAUGUCGUUCGAGAGUAUCCAAAGUCGAUUUUGGAAACAGUGUUGAAGUUGACGUAUUCUGCACUCUUGCAGCAUUGCCGAAGAACCAAUAUCCACAGCGUGGACAGGAUCAACUUCUGUAAAAACUCCGUGGCGGAAUUGUACGAAAUCGAUGAGACCAUUAGUUACCAAAUAGGGUUCGAAUACGUGAGACAGUUGGCCAUCCACUUGAGAAACAGUAUAAACGCCACAUCCAACGCUAAGGAAGGGUACAAGACCAUCUACAAUUGGCAGUAUUGUCAUUCUUUGGACUUUUGGUCGCGAAUGUUGUCUAAACUUUGCAACCCUGAAGUAGAGUUGAGGAACCACAAGCUGAAAGAAUCACCUUUGAGACUGUUGAUCUACCCGUUGGUUCAAGUUACAUUGGGAACCAUCAGAUUGAUCCCCACGGCCCAGUUUUUCCCCAUGCGUUUCUACUUGGUAAGGUCUUUGAUUAGAUUAUCCCAGCUGACGGGAGUCUACAUUCCACUUUUCCCCUUGUUGCUCGAGACCCUUUCUUCAACUGCAAUCACCAAGUCACCAAAGGCUUCAAACUUGCAAGCGUUUGACUUUGAGCACAAUAUCAAAGUAAACCAAGCUUAUUUGGGCACGAGGGUGUACCAAGAAGGUUUGGCUGAGCAGUUCCUCGAGCUAACUGCCGAGUUUUUUGGGUUGUAUGCCAAAUCCAUCGCGUUCCCCGAGUUGGUCACUCCUGCAAUUUUGGCUCUCCGGAGAUUCACCAAAAAGUCGAAAAAUGUCAAGUUCAAUAAACUGAUAGGCCAGUUGAUUGAAAAAUUGAACGCUAAUGCGCAAUUGAUCACGUCCAAGAGAUCAAACGUGGAGUACGGUCCUAGUAACAAACAGGAAGUUAAAACAUUCUUGAAUGACUUUGAUUGGGCAAAGACACCGCUAGGUCAAUACAUCCAAGUUCAAAGACAGGUCAAGGAAGAAAGACUCAGAAUGCUUAAGGAAGCUCAAAAGGAGCAAGAUCGUGCUAGAAAAGAAGAAGAAGAGGAAGCUGAAGAUGAAGAAGAAGCUGAGGAAAGUGAUUGA